AUGCCACCUCCUCUCCGCCUCUUCUUCCUCCUCUUCCUUACCCCCAUGGGAGUCAGGCCCCAGAAAUCACAGCUGGUGGAAGCUAAAGAGGGAGGCAGUGCUGUGCUGCCGUGCCCCGAGGUCUCCUCAGACGGUCCCCUCAAUCAGCUGGCAUGGUAUCGGGAAUGCCAGCCAGCACGUUCAUUACUGCUGAGCCCAGGGCCGCCAGGCCCGGGUGUCCUGCUGCUCAUCUCCAACAUUUCUGACCAGAUGGGGGGCUUCUACCUGUGCCAACAGGGGCCCCCUUCCAAGCAGGUCGGGCAGCCUGGCUGGGCAGUCAGCGUGAAUGGCAGCGGGGAGCUGUUCCGAUGGAACACUUCAAAUAUAGAUGACCCACGCUGUGACAUGGGGAAUAGGUCCUCAGAGGACCCCAGGCCCUCUUCUGGUCACCUCCCAAGCUCCCAGCUGUAUGUGCGGACCAAAGACCACCCUGAGAUUUGGGAGACAGACCCUGCAUGUGUCCCACCUAAGGGCAGCUCAGACCAGGGCCUCGACCAAGACCUCAUGGUUGAGCCUGGCUCCACUCUCUGUCUGCCCUGUGAGGUGCAUUCUGCCUCCAUGGCCAGAGGACCCAUCUCCUGGAUCUACGUGCACCCCAAGAAGCCUAACAUCUCAUUACUGACCCUAAACCUGAGCGAGGAUGCUCCAGUCAGAAAGAUGUGGGUCUUGGACACCCUCAGGGGAGGGGCUAUUCUGUGGCUGCAACGGGCCACAGCUAGAGAUGCUGGCAAAUAUUAUUGUUACCACGGCAACACGACCAUUGAAAUGCAGCUGAAGGUUACCCCCCUGUCAGCAGUACGGCAUUUGCUGCUGGAGGCUGGUGGCUGGAGAAUCCCUGUUACAACUUUAGUUUAUAUGAUCUUCUGCAUGAGUUUCCUUGUGGGCUUUCUUUAUCUUCGAAGAGCUCUGGUCCUGAGGAGGAAAAGAGACCGAAUGACUGAUCCCGCCAGAAGGUUCUUCAAAGUGACGCCUCCCCCGGGAAACGGGGCCAACCAGUACGGGAACGUGCUCUCCCUUUCCACACCCACCGUGGGCGCGGGACGCUCCCUGCAGUGGGCGGCAGGUUUGGGGGCCGCCGUCCAGUCCCAAGGAAACCCGUGCAGAGACGUUCGGGCUGGUGCCUCGGGGUCCCGGAGCCAGGCAGAAGCUGGCCCAGAAGAAGGGGAGGCUUAUGAGGAGCCGGACAGUGAGGACGGCUCGGAGUUCUACGAAAAUGACUCCAACCUUGGGCAGGAUCAGCUCUCCCGGGAUGGCAGCGGCUAUGAGAACCCUGACGACGAGGUCUUGGGUCCUGAGGAUGAAGACUCCUUCUCCAAUGCAUCUGAAUCAUAUGAGAAUGAGGAUGAAGAGGUGGCCCAGCCAGUCGCUAAGACAAAAGACUUCCUGAGCCCCCAUGGGACAGCCUGGGACCCCAGCCGGGAGGCAACAUCCCUUGGGUCCCAGUCCUAUGAGGAUAUGAGAGGGAUCCUGUAUGCAGCGCCCCAGCUCCGCUCCUUUCGGGCCCAGCCUAGUCCCAGUCAUGAGGAAGAUGCAGAUUCUUAUGAGAACAUGGACAAUCCUGAUGGUCCAGAACCAACAUGGGGAGGAGGGGGCCACAUGGGGACCUGGAGCACCCGGUGAUUCCCUUCAGCCUGGGCCUCCUCGGGCUCCUGAGAUCCACACCUGACUGAAAUUUGGUGACCCAAAG